AUGUCUGAAUCAACCACGACAUCACCUUCUAGAACAGGGAUAGGGUCUACAUUAUCCCUCUUCGCCAUGUUUCGGGGCCAGCUCGCUCUAGCGUUGUCUUGCGAGGUCCUCAUCCCAGAAGCUCAGUAUCCACCAAUCCCUGCGCAGGGCCAUGGGCCGAGGUCAACUUCUGUCGCAUUCCGAACCCCGCGACGCUGA